GGCGGCAUCUUUUGAUAAUAACGAAAAAUAAUAUACUGUUUGUCGUUUGUCACCUUUUUUGUGUUGCAGAGUAGAUGUAAUGGCUUCCCAAAGUAAUUAGUGGAUGAAUAAUUAACAAUCAUAUUGCGGGUAUUGAUCCUGAUUAUUUUGAAGUUAUGUGUUGUGAGUGUUAUAAAGAGUGAAGCCAACCAACACACUGCUUACUUAUCUUCAGUCUUAAGUAGCCAGCCCAUGAUGUCUGCCCUGGGUUGACCCUUGUGACUGAACACCGCAGUCAGCUGCGGUGGUGAAGUCAGCUGUAGGAUGGACCAAUUUGUGACUCGUAUUGGAGACGUCACUAUCGAAAGGGUUGUGCCUAAGUCUGGGCCAGGAGGUGGUGGAGGGGCACUGAGUAAGGAAACAAAGGACCCCAUACCUCCAUCAGUCAGCUUAGCUAAGAGGGAUCUGGAUGAUGGUGACACCAUCAGUGUCAGUGAGGAUUUACAGAUUUUCCUGAAGCCUCCAUUAUCUGGCACAGACAAGGGCUCCUCUGGCGGACUGAAACAUGAUGGUCGGAAAUCACGAGAUUCCAGCAUCAGUGGCAGAGGAGAUGAUACGAUGGCAACCAGUGGUACUGAUGAUUCUGGUGCCUCGGAAAGCGAUGACAACGAAGACCACCACAGUGAAAACAUGGAUGAGGAAGACGAAGUGUUACUAUCUCAGACAAUGACUAAAGUGGAAAACAGCGACUUGCAGCAACAUAAAAGUGAUGAGCAAAGUGAAGUGUUUUCAGGUGGUAAAAUGACAGCGAGUUCCAUAGUUGAUCCACACAGUCAGACUGCUUUGCAGAAUAGCAUUGAAACAGGUGCUGUGUCUCUAGAGCCAGUGAGGACAGAACAGAACAAAACACAUGGGGACAGUGCGAUGGGAGGGAAUAGCGCGAGUGACGGAAAGAAGAACACGGAAGAGGGAAAAGGAAAGAUGGAGGAAGAUAGUGAGAGGGGAAAUGCGGGCUCGGAAACUAGCAAACGGAAAGCUCAGAUGGAUGCUGGUACAGUGCACAAGAAGAAAAAGACUACUCUGUCAGGCAAAGAUGGUAAAGAUAAAGAUGAAUCAGCUUCAUCUUCUGAUUCCGAAGACAAUAAAGACGAUAACAAAUCUAGUUUAAUGGAGCGAAAGUUAACCAACAUGAGACGUAACAUUCGUGAGGUGAUGAGUGAGAGUCAGCUGGAUGAAGAAACUCUGGCUGCCCAGAGGCAGGAGAUGGAACGACUUAGGAGAGUCCAGGAACAGCAGCGGAUCAUACGAGAGAAAGCAUUUACCUCAGCUGAAGCUGAGACUCUGAGAGCUGCUAAAUCUGCGUUAUCAGUGCUUUCAGUUCAGAAAUGGUUUCUUUACAUCCCUGGGUGGGCAGAGUCAGGCAAAGAUGGUAAAGAUAAAGAUGAAUCAGCUUCAUCUUCUGAUUCCGAAGACAAUAAAGACGAUAACAAAUCUAGUUUAAUGGAGCGAAAGUUAACCAACAUGAGACGUAACAUUCGUGAGGUGAUGAGUGAGAGUCAGCUGGAUGAAGAAACUCUGGCUGCCCAGAGGCAGGAGAUGGAACGACUUAGGAGAGUCCAGGAACAGCAGCGGAUCAUACGAGAGGUACAGCGUCAAAUUGCGCUCAAUCGACAGAACAACAAGACUCAGACUCGUGUUAUCUCCCUCCUCCAAGGCAAUUCCUCACUUUUGAAACAGAUCCCAAGUACGUCAAGUUCAGGAUCCAGUUCAGGCACACAAGUUCGCCUCCCUAAUACAGUUCUCGUUAAGCUGGCUUCUGGUUCGGGACAUGGCUCAGGAAGUGGAGUACAAACUAACAAGAAGGUGUUUGAACUACUCAGAGUUCAGAAGGGCAGUACUGGCACUGUUCCGCGUACAGGUGCUCGAAAUUCUACGGUAUCUCGUACUGUCCUUGCCAAAUCUAGGGGAAUCGGUCCCCAAGUGCACAUGAUGACGCCUUCUGUGUCCAUUGCUCCUGUGAUGUCCUCGCCCCGCGUGCCCCUGCCGUCAGAGUCGGAGAGUGAAGGCGAGGAGGAUUCCGAAAGAGAAAUGCUGGCGAGGGCUGCUGCCCUCCGAAAAGUCACAGGAAAGGGCAAAGGCAAGGACGUAGUGACAAUCAGCAGCAGCAGUGAUGAUGAUGACUGCAUUCUGCUGUCAGAACCAUCUAGUGGUGAUGAAGGAGAGCCUGUUGAUGAUCCUACAAAUUCUGGAAUGCAUACAAAUGACCUAUACAACAUUCCUGAUGAACAAGGACGUGUGUUGGUAAAUGUUGGCCGUCCAACUGAAGAACCUGAAGUUUUCCUUGCGCCACAGAUAGCCAGAGUUAUCAAACCUCAUCAGAUAGGGGGUGUACGAUUCCUGUUUGACAAUGUAGUGGAGUCGCUGUCUAGGUUCAACACAUCUACAGGAUUUGGUUGCAUAUUGGCACACUCAAUGGGACUUGGCAAGACUUUACAGGUGGUCUCUUUCUGUGAUGUGUUCCUACGCCACACCAGUGCUAGAUCAGUCCUUUGUAUUAUGCCAAUCAACACGCUCCAGAACUGGCUGGCUGAGUUUAACAUGUGGUUGCCUGCUUCUGUUGAAGUUGGUAACAGUGUCAGCAGCAGCAGUAACACUGUUGGCAGUAACAGCAGUAACAGCAGUAGUGAUAACGUAAACAGCAACCAAGAACAGCAGCAGGCCACGCCCACUGACUCAUCAAGUGACACUGCGAUGGACACUAACAGUACUCCAGAAAUCAGGCCUCGGAACUUUGCUUUGUUUGUCCUUAACGAUUCGCAUAAGACCAUGACAGCGCGUUCAAAGGUAAUCCAGGAAUGGUCGAAAGGAGGCGGUGUCCUCCUAAUUGGCUAUGAACUUUACAGACAGCUGAGCUUGAAACGCCCAAAUAAAACCAACAGUAAGAAGAAGAGAAGAAAACAACUGGACGAAGUGGUCGAUGUUGAUGAGGAUGAUAAAAACAAGGUUCUGCUUGAGGAUAUGCAUACUGCUCUGGUUAAGCCAGGGCCUGACCUAGUUAUCUGUGAUGAAGGUCACCGUAUCAAGAAUAGUCACGCGUCUAUUUCGCAGGCACUGAAGCAGAUACGGAGCAAAAGACGUGUUGUAUUAACAGGUUAUCCACUCCAAAAUAAUCUUCUGGAGUACUGGUGCAUGGUGGACUUUGUACGACCAAACUAUCUAGGCACAAAGACAGAAUUCUGUAAUAUGUUCGAACGCCCAAUCCAGAAUGGACAGUGUAUAGACAGCACACCCCAGGAUAUACGGCUGAUGCGAUACAGAGCUCACGUCCUGCACUCUCUGCUGGAGGGCUUUGUACAGAGACGAAGUCAUUCAGUGCUUCAGGUAUCUCUACCACAAAAGGAAGAAUACGUUCUCUUGUUACGCCUGACGCAGUUCCAGAGAAAACUGUAUGACACGUUCAUGAAUGAAGUUGUACGAACCAAAGCUGUCCCAAAUCCUCUGAAGGCUUUUGCAGUGUGCUGUAAGAUCUGGAACCAUCCUGAUGUGCUGUAUUACUUUUUGAAGAAGAGAACAUGUGGGGAAGAUGUUGAUUUAGACUUGGAAGAGGCCACAGCUGCGACAAAUACUCCGCUUGUGCCAGGGGUUGCAGCUUCCCCUAGGGGUGGUCCAGCCAAAAGAGGCAGGGGUAGCAGGGGUCCACGGAACCCCCCUGGGCAGAAUAAGAGGGAGCGGAAGGGCUCAACACCUUUUCGUAACUCGGGCAAUAACAAACCUGCCGCAACUAUAACACCUCAGACUACAAACCUUGCUUCAGGUGGAGCACUUGGCAAUAACUCAGGUGGUAACAGCAGCACUAACGCUAACACUAACACCUCUCCUCAGUGCGGUACGGUGCCAAGUAUGGGCAACAUGGGCGCAGGAGCUCGUAUGCAGCAGGAUUCACACGGAAGUAAUCAGUCUUUCGGCAUUAUGGGCCAGCAGAACCAAUCUUACAGCAACACUGGCUCAUAUCCAGACAUGCAGCAUUAUAACCCUAAUAGUGCACCACCGUAUGGCUACCCAACAAAUCCUCCUGCUUCCAGCUAUGAUCCAAACUAUUCCAAUAACACAUAUAAUUCCAAUAAUACGUCGUAUGGUAGUUCUAAUCAUAAUACGCCUGGAGCUCAUUAUGGAGGCUCUGGAGAUUACUACCCGUCAACUGGUGGAUCAGUAAAUGGCCAGCAAGGCAAUUAUGAAAAUAGCUCCAUGGAGUCAUAUUAUCCACCUGGUUCAGGAACUGCUCAAGAAAAUGGAUAUCAGAACUCUGGAUCUGGGAGUAGCACUCCAUAUUGGCAGCAGCAUGGAAAUCAUGGUUAUUAUCAUGGUGGAAAUGGGAAUGCAAAUCAGUAUUAUGGUGGCAAUGGAGGCAGUUCUUAUGGCAGUGCGAGCAGCGGAGAUGCAGGGGAGAAUUCAUAUUACAUGGGGCAUAACCCUCACACCCACGAACAAGGACAGUACGGGGAUUACGGAAGCCGGGAUCAAGGAAACGUGUUUCAUGGAAUGAACGCUAGUGGUUUUGUAAGUGAAAUUGGCCAGAACGCAAUUGGAAAUUCCAGGAACAGUGGACUAGGGGGUAUGGGAGGUAACAACCAGAAUCAAAGCAGUGGCAUUAUGAAUAUGCAGCAUAGCUCAAAUAGCUCAAAUAGCUCAAAUAUGAAUAGUAAUAUGCAGAACCAGAACCCAGGCACGAUGGGAAACUUACAAAGUUCACAGAAUCCAAGCAUGAACAAUAUGCAGAGUUCCGUGGGCAAUCAGCAUACUCCCAUUGGAAGUCAGAACCCCAUGACAGACCAGAAUACUGUUGGAAGUACACAAAAUACUAUGAAUUCAUUGCAGACUUCUGUGGGAGGGAACCUUUUAGGUAAGCAGAAUCCACAGACUUCUACUGGUUCACAAAACCCCAUGGGCACUCCACAGAGUCCUAUUGGAAAUCAGCAGAAUACUGCUGGACAACAACAAAAUCCUAUUGGUAGCCAAAGUCCAAUGAGAGCGCAACAACAUUCAGUUGGCACACCACAGAUUGUUACUGGAAACCAGCAAAAUUCAAUGGGAACUUCCCAGAACUCUAUAUUAAAUCAACAUAAUUCAAUGGGAAUGCAGCAGAACACUAUGGAAAGUUCUCACAAUUUAAUGGGAGCAUCACAGAAUUCAGUAGGGACUCCACAACAGUUGAUUGGAGCUCAGCAAAAUUCAAUGGGGAAUAUACAUAAUCCAAUGGGAACUUCACAGAAUGCAGUGGUAAAUUCACAGAAUUCAUUGGGAAACACUCAAAAUUUGAUGGGAACUCCAUCAUCACAGAAUCCUAUGGGGUCUUCACAGAAUUCAGUAGGAAGUCCACAGAAUCAAAUGGGAAUGCCACAGAAUAUGUUAGGAACCACACAGAAUGCCAUGGGACCACCGCAGAAUUCAAUGUUAACACCACAGAACCAAAUGGGAACAGCACAGAAUCUGAUGGCAACAACUGAGAAUUCUUUAGGAACAUCUCAGAAUCCAAUGGGAUCUUCACAAUCUUCCAUGGGAAUAUCACAGAAUCCAGUGGCACCACAGAAUGUGAUGGGAAUGCCACCAAAUCCAGUUGGAACAACGCAGAAUUCAAUGGACACUUCACAGGGUUCUCUAAGCAAUCAACAAAAUAUGAUGGGAUUGUCAAAGAAUCCCGUGACAACUCCAAAUACAAGGGAAGGUUCACAGAAUGCAAUGGGGACUACACAGGAUUCGUCAGUGAAUUCUCAAAAUUCAUUAAACAGUCUUCAAAACACAGCAGGGAAUAAUUCUCAGAACACUCUGAAUGCGAUGCAGAAUGCACAUAAUCGCAUGCAUGGUCAUUCUGAAAUAGGUGGUACUGCAAGUAACCCUAUGCAGGAAUCAUACGGCAGAAUGUCUGCUAUCGACCCCAGUAAUUGCAGCCAGAGUACGUGUUAUGGCGUUGGUAAUGAUGUCAGUUCUUAUCACCAUCAGCAGGCUUUGCAGAACAGUAGCAACAGACCAUGUCUGCAGCAGGGGAAUAAUUCAUGUGGAAGUGGAUCGAAUAAUCUGUAUGGACACAUGCAAUACCUUGGUGAAAAUAUGGGGAAUGUGUCUGCGUGUAAAACUGAGGCAGGGAAUCCCAGUUCUCUAGACACCAUGAUGCCUGUUGAUGGUAGUGGUCCAGGUAGUCAUGGGAACGCUGAUCUGCCCUUGUAUGGACCUUCAUCAGGUGGCAUCCCAUACUCAAAUAGGUGGAAUGAUGGCUUGGCAGGUGGUAGAUUUUCAUCGACAUCGCAACAGCCUGAGGAAAAUAAAGUAAAAUGUGAAGGUAACGUCAAAGAGGAAUCUCAGAAUAUGUCUACAGAUGGAAACUCAUUGAAUGCUAACAAGGAUAAAUUAAACUUUGGUGAAGAAAACAAAUGCCACAAGCAGAAUCAUAAUUCCAGUUCUUUGGACGGAUCUAAUCAGAUAACGUGUGAGAACCGGCAACUCCCUAGAGAAGGUUAUUGUUCAAACGGUAAUUCUGUUAUGAAACCAGUCAUUUCAGGAUCAAAUAAUGAGCAAGAUGGAAAGAAUGACACAGUUUCACCUUGCAGCAUACAACAGAGUGGUAAUAUUAUGUGUGGAAAUCCUUUGCCACCUAGUUUGAAAUCAGAAGAUAAACUUAGUAGUAACUGCUCAAAUGAAACUCAGACUGAUAUUCCAACAAAAAGUUUUGGUUCCUUAAACAUAAAAUCUGAUAUAUCUGGAAUGUCUGAUAUGACAACUCAGCAUAAUGCAUUCAAAAUGGAGUCAGGUUCAUUUAAAAGUGAGAGGUGUUUGUCCCCGCACUUUCGAGACAAUGAAACCAAAGAUAUUAAGGAGUAUGAGCUCAGUAACGAGAGCAAGGAUAGGAAACCUAACGACAGUGUGGAUGGGAGGAGGUGUGAGUCUCUGGCGGUGGAGAGUAAGGAUGCCAGCUGCGGGACACAAAGUUUUGAUUGUCCGAAGGAUCUCAACCUGAAUGAGACGAAGCAGCUGGUAGAGUUAGGGCCGGGCGCAGCAAGGAAUGUUGGUAACAGGGAGGAUCCUGGCAUCCCAUACGAUUGGGCCACAGAAUUACUGAAGAAUUAUAUUCCUGGAUCUAUUGAAAACUCAGCCAAAAUGGAAGUAUUAUUUUGUAUUUUGGAGGAGUCAAUGGCACUUGGAGAUCGUAUAUUAGUGUUCAGCCAGUCUCUUUUUACUUUGAAUCUCAUAGAAGAUUUUCUUCAAAGAACCAACUUGCCUGGAAGACAGGAAAAGUGGGCUCGGAACUGGAAUUAUUAUCGUCUAGAUGGAAGUACAUCAGCACUCGAACGAGAAAAACUAAUCAACGAGUACAAUUCAAAUCCCAACAUUCAUCUGUUUCUUGUUUCAACAAGAGCUGGUUCUCUAGGAAUUAACUUGGUUGGAGCCAAUAGAGUAGUCGUGUUUGAUGCUUCCUGGAAUCCUUGUCACGACACACAGGCCGUGUGCAGAGUGUACAGGUAUGGUCAAAAGAAACCAUGCUUUGUGUAUCGCCUUGUUAUGGACAACUGUUUGGAGAAGAAGAUUUAUGAUAGACAGAUAAACAAGCAAGGGAUGGCAGACAGAGUUGUGGACGAAUGUAACCCAGAUGCUCAUCUGUCCAUUAAGGAAGUCACCAAUCUUUGUUGGGAUAAUGAACAAGAAACAGAACCAAGGGACUUCAGUACUGAGAAGGACAAAUACAUUGAUGUGGUGAUGCAGAAGGUUCUGGACAAAUUCAGCUCAAGUUUAUCCAAAGAACCAUUCCAACAUGAGAGUCUGCUUGUUGACCGCAAAGAGAAAAAACUGUCUCAAGCUGAGAAGCGUCUAGCGAAGCGGUCUUACGAGUUGGAGAAGCAAGCUAACAUCAACUACAGCCACAGACCACAGUAUUCGUACUAUCCUGGUGGCACAGCCGCUGCUGGCGGUGCAGGCAUCCAAGGAACAGGUCUCCAGAUAAGGGCUAUUAGGACAGAUGGUUCUGGAGGAGUGAUGCCAAAGCCAGUUGCCAGUGUACGUCCCAUGCAGGCAGAGUUGAGUCAGCAACUGGAACGAGGACAAACGAACCGUUCGACAGUCACGACCCUCAACACGAGUGGCCGUUCAAGGUGGAUUCCAGCGGAGGUGUGGCAGAGACAGGGCAUGUCUGCUCAAGAGAUGACACUUCCAUUGGAUGUUGUGAUUCCCACCAAUUCCCCAGAUCGUGCUUCCAUAGUGCUUAAGGCAGGCCAACGUGUCAUGGUACUUAAGAGUCCCAAGGGAAUUUAUAUGCAGCUGGAAAACGGAAAAAUUAUUGCUAUUCGCACAGCAUUCAAAGUGGGUGGUGCGGCCAAGGGAUCUGGACCACAGCACCAGGAAUCCAAGCCUGCUCUUGACAAAGCAGAAGUGAAUCCUCCGGAAUAUAAGAAAGAGAGCAGCGUCCCUUCAAUAAAUCGUACGGCUAACAUAUCGAAAGUUAGCAGUGUGCUUCCAUUCAAGACUAACUCUGCCAUCACAAUAAUACCAAAGAAUGCAGUGCCCCAGCAGCGAGGUACAGCCAAGCCUAUGGGCAGAAUAGGCGGUAAUAGUAGUGGGGGUGGAAUCGUAAAACAGGAUGUAACAGUGAAGCCUUGGGGACCUAGGACUGGUGCUUCAGCAGGUGAUGCUGCAUCCAUGACCAUGGGAGUUAACAAAAACGUCAGUUCUCAACAGCCUAUGGCGCAAGCAAGGCCGUACUUCCAUCGCACUGGCACGAGUGAUAAUACAGACAUGGGGACUUCCAAACCAUACUUCCAUCAUGAGACAUCACCGUCCGAUCAUCUAGGGAUGUCGGGACAUCAGACAAGUGAUGAAGGCAGCUCUGGUGCUGAAAAUAUGGUUUCCACUCCAUGUGGUGAAGAUAAGGAUGGUAUGGAUACUGGUGUGUUAAAAUCUCCCUCCUCUGAUGAUUUUAAUCAAGAUAAUUCAAUGAGCAGUCAUGCUUUUGGAAGUAUUCGAGAAUCUAACCUAAAUAACAGACCAUCAUAUGACAGUAAUAUGGGGGAUGAUAUGAUACAUGGUUCAGGAACUAACAUUAAUAUGACAUACGGAAACCAUUCAGACCAAGGAAUUCAAGAACCUAAUAUGAAUACUUCAUAUGGAAGACAAAUGGGGCAAGAUCUUCAUGAUUCAUCUGUUGGCAUGAAUCGUUCAUUCAGGAGACAAGUGGACCAAGGUUUGCAGGGAGCAGGAAAUGUUAGUCACCCAUUUGGUAGACAUACAGAUCAAAGAGGACAGGAGACUUCUGUAAGUGCAAGUCGUGGAUAUGGAAGGCAGGUGGACCAAGGUAUGCAUGAUCCAUCCAGUGUAAAUCAUAGGUAUGGGAGACAUAUCGACCAAGGGUAUCAUGAUUCGUCAGUCGGUGCUAACCGUGGAUUUGUGAGACAGCUCGAUCAAGGCAUUCAGGAGACAGGUAGUAUAAAUCGUUCAUUUGGUAGACAGACCAAUGAAGGGAUGACGUACAGUCAGCAGAAUCAGGCAGGAGGCUACGAUGAACAUAAAGAUGCAGACUUCACUCAGUCUGAUUCAGCUUCUGGUGGGAGGUACUGUCACACAGAAAAUGAAAGUGGGACCAAUAGGAAUUUCCAAGGAACAUACGAGGACAGUUGGCAGCAAGGCCAGGGCUUCCGAGGAAUAUCAAGGGUCAGCGAUGGCACCCAUGGGCAUGGCAGCAGUAUGACUGAUGGCAGAAAUUAUCAACAGCAAUUUAAAAGUAGUUCACAUGGAAUAGAGAAACAUUCCUUACCAGACAACAGUACCAGAGAGCAGCAACACAACAGUUUCCCUGACUACAGCCACAGGCAGCAUCAGCAUCAGGAACCAGAUUCGCCUACAUUCCAGUCUGAAGUUACCGACUCUACGACCAGUGGAAAUGAUAGUGGCAUAGAAGUUCUUCCAUUACCUACACCAAACUUCACAACUGCAAAUAAGGACUCACUGCCACACCAAUCAGCAAAUAUUAAUACUUCCCAAGCAAAGACUAUGUCUUUAAAGAACUAUAGGCAUAACUCUUUUAACGCACAGCUUCAUAACAGGGAAAUUGAAUCCAGUACAAGUGAGAAUACUUCUGCCCCUGUGUCAAAACCUCUGCCUGGAGACCAUUAUCUGAAGUCUCCGCAACAAACUUCAUAUUCUAAUGAUGUAAAGUCCCCAUCUAAUUUUCAGCAGAGCAGUGAUGAACUUAAAGUUUCCAACCGGAACGUCCCCCUGUCAAGUUUUCCGCACGGUGGUAACGUAGGAAACUUGUCAAGAGAACAUUCGUCUCGUGGAAUCAUGGCUUCGGCUUUCCCCGGAACCAGUAAUCACUCUGUAGGUCAACACGCAUUACAUAGUUCUAAGAAUCGUCAGAAAAAUCCGCAGAAUAUCGGAAGAUACAAUAGUGAAAUGAAUCCAAAUAGUAAUUUCAAUGCUGGUAUCAUGCCACCAGCCACAUCAUCAAAAUCCAAACGAGGAAACAGUAGGAGUGAACAACAUUAUGAAUUUGAAUCAAAUGAUUCUGCUUCAGAUAUAGGUAGAAUUAGUCUUCAACAGCAGUCAACUGGUAAAUCAGCAGGCAGGACCCAGAUGCAUUCUAUGCAGUCUCAGCCAUAUCAUGGGCAUACAUCACCACAGCAGGUGACAUCUCACUCUUCACCUGGCAGUAAUCCUACAAACAUUGCUGCCACUCCAGCAACAAAGAAAGGGCGUGGAAACAAGAAUACUUCUUCAGAUAGGUCUCCCAGUUACUCAGGUGCAGGAAAUAAUAAUGAAAGCGAGUCGCUUCGCCACGCGGAUAACAGUAGCUCUGGUAGUUCCUCAAAAAAUAAUUCACAUCAGCCAUCUCCUCAAAAUAUGCCCCUUCAGUCUACACAACCUACCACAGUUUUCCCAUCAAAUACACAGUAUCCAGCUUUGGACGGCAGUUCGAACAAACCCCUGGAACCAUAUAGCACUCCAGUGUAUGGACAUCAGCAAUAUUAUGCGCCAUCUGGUUAUUAUGGAGGCUUUGGUGGGCCUCAGCAAUCACCUGUUGCAUUUGGUGGAAAUCCGUACUACUCCGGCGAGAACCAGUAUGGCCCUGGAAGAGGCUUGCAUGUGGAUCAGUCAGUACCUACAUCAAAUAAAGACAUUCACAAGGGAAAUCAGUCCCAUGCUGGGGCUUCGCCACCACAACAGCAGCAGUCUGCGCCUCAGGCAACGACCACGGCAAAAACACAACCUCCUUCAGGGACUGGCUCUCAGAAGAAGGAUCAGUCAAGCCAGCUUGGCAGCGGCGCACCAGCCUCGCCAACCAAAGCUGCCUCUGUAACCAACCCAUCUACACCCACAGCUAUAAGGGACAUGGCAAGUCCAAGCAGUGCUAGUGGUGGAUCUCGUAGUGGUAACAACAGCGCUCGUUCUACUCCAGCUACUGUUACUAACACAAACAUUUCACAGGAGCCCAACUCUCCACAGCUCCAUUUUAAUACUCCAGCGGCUACCGCCAGCUCGACAACGCUGGAAAAUAGAUCGCCUGCCCAGUAUAAUUCGUCAAUGACCACAAACUCAGCGCCGCUCGACCCUAAGUCGCCACUUCAGUACAAUUCUAGCGCAACUGGUGGAAACUUGUCUUCAUCAACAUCGUCGUCUCUUCAGUACAACGCUAACACUGCCUCAUCUAAUUUUACUGCUGGCACAUCGAGCACGCCCCAGAGUGGCAUAAUACCGCCUCCACCACAUCAGAAUCCUUAUGAAUCGAUGAUGCUGGGCAGUUACCCAGCAGGUGCCACUGGAACUGGCUAUGCACCACCUCCACCACCAGGAAUGGGGUAUGGAAGCUACAACAACCCUGCAAAUCAGUAUGAGGCGGAUUAUGCCAGGGCAUCCAUGUACAGUGCAUUCCAUAGACCAGAUCCACAUCCUCAUCCAUUUACCCCCGGUCACCCUCCAGGUUUCCUCCCACCGCCUCAGAGUACUAAUUACUACCCUCAGAACAUGUAUGCGCCAACUCCAUAUGGUACUCCUGAUCCAGCAUAUUACAGCAAUCCUUUCCUCAAUGCAAUGCAUCAGCAUCCGUACCCUACUCUGCCUGGAGCAACACAGAACCCUGGAUCUCAUCCCCAGUGAGCAAUAUCCACAAUUCAACAUCGCAGAUCUUGCAACCUCCCAGGUGCCAUCCUUACUGUAAGUAAUUUCUUCAAGCCUACCAUGAAUUGAAAUGAACCUGAGUGACCAGACUAUUUAUCUUGUUCUUCUUUCUUUCUUCUAAGGUAUAAUAAUGUAAAUUCAGGUUUCUUUCAAUAAAGUGUUAAGUGAAAUUUUUGGUAGAGUUUUAGAAAACUGCACUCAUUAUUUACCUUUAAGUUAUACUUCAGUAUUGCUAAAUUCCAAACUGCUGUUGAUGUUCAUGGUAUGGAUACUCAGUCACAAAACACUGGACAAAUUAUUAAUACAGAAUAUUUAUUUCAUAAACUAAAAGGUGCACCCACCAGAGGAAGGGUCUACAGAAACAUUGGUAUUUUCUUAUUGUCAUUGGUGCUUACUGUGGUUAGUUCACUGCCUGUUCAGUACACAUCGUCUUCCAUCCGCAGACUACACGAAUGAGUCACAAUGGUCCUGUGGCACUGGAGUUUAUGUCCAGUGCCUUAGACUAUUGACUUCAAAAAUCACAGGAAUGAACAACUGCAUAUGUACCUAAAAUAUACAAUUGACUUGCUGUAAGUCUGCAUAAUAAUUGAAAAGCAUACAUCUCAACCCAUCCAUGUGUGGCACAUAACAGUGAAUUUCACUGUAUUAGAGCUGGUGCUCAGGAAAUUCAGUUGAGAUUGUCAUAAAUACACAUUUGGCUUCUGUUGUUAAAAUUGUAUGUAACACCACUUCUUGGCAUUCAGUGAAGGAAAUUAUAGAAUAAUUUCCUCAUAAUGAAGAUCUCUUAAUUUAUUAAUAUUCAGUAACUGUAAGAACACAGUGCAAUGUGAGGAAAUAAUGACAGCAUAAGAUAAGAUGUGAAUUGAUUGAAGUGGUCUAGUUUUAAUGAAUUUGUUUGAUUAAAGUUAUUCCCCUCUUGUCAUGAUAUUGGUCAUAUUUGGACUGAUAUCAUGGUUCAGCUAUGGCAUAAUGAUGUUUGGUAUAUGUACACAUAUUGCAUUAUUCAAAAGUAGCAGUGCUGUGUGAGAGUAUGAACAAAUCAUCAGUCAGUAAUGUACAAAUCUCAGCUGUAGAAUUUACAUCAUAGACAGUAGAAAUCGUGUUUCACUUCUGCCAAAUGUUACUAAGUGCUUACUCCUGAUUGUAUUUGGUAUUACCAUUACAGACUUGUAAAUACGAGAUUAUGAUCAAGGAACUGAUAAAUGUGUGUUCGUUUUAUCUGCGUGGCAUUAUUCACAUUGUAUCUCUAAAAUUUCAAAUAAUUUGACUAUGAAACUUCUACAGCAUAUUACUGUUAUGCUAUUUUAAUGUUGUGUGUACUUAAAAUUUAUAUCCAUCCUUCGGUUUUGCAGUUUGGUGACUUUUUUUUUUAAACCCAUUGCAUGCUUUGUAAUGUUAUUAAGACUUUUCCCCCCUGCUUUCAUGCGCACUGAAAAGUUUCCAAUCGGUCUUGUCAUUGGCUUUGUUGUGCCAGAGCUAACUGUUCAUUGCUGUUGCAUUCAGAACAAAACAGUAAACACGUUUUGACCAUCUGUAAAGUUUCUGCACAAUUCCAUAAUGUUUUUCUUUUGAUCUCUUGUGUGGUUCACAUGUUUCUGAAGAAGGAAGUCGAGUUCUUUCCUCGCACGUCCUGCUCUUCUGGCACCCUGAAGUUGGUUGUAGGAUAUGUAUUGGUGGAUGAAAUUAGUAUUGCAGUUCUUAUGAUGUAGUUCCACUUGCUGUUACUGCUGUCAUCUGUGCCUUCGAUCGGGCUCGGUUGGCCUUCCUGGCACAUAUUGUUCCGAACUUAUCGAAACCCCUUUAAAAAAACAAUAAUUUCUUUAAUUUAUCUUCUUCCAAGUCACAGCUGGGACUGUAACCUCUUUUUAAUUUGCUUGUUAUGUCCUGACCACAACUAGCUGUACGUUUUUCAGAAUGCCAUAGUUUACAUGAAUUCUCUCAUUGAGAUACAGGAUCUGCGCAAGUUGCGUCAGUGUCUGCUACACAGUCAAAUCCAUGUAAAUCAUCAGUAUACCAAUACAUGCUUUAAUUUCCCUCAAGUUUGUUGGGCAACCCAUUUAAAUAGCUCAUCAUAGAGUCUGCUUUCUUGUAUGUUGGUAUGACUACAUGUUUCACAGUCCUUCUUCUGGAACAUUUAUCACAUCACUUUCUUUCCCAACAUGCCUGUGCGUGUAAGAAGCUUUCAAAUACAUGACCUUUUUUUCUCUUUUGCCUGACUAGUGCGGAUAAAAACAUGCUGAAUGCCAGUGUUUUGUUUCUGUAACUCAGCAUAUAUGCAACCACUAAUAUGAGAUACGUUUGACUCUGUGGAUGAUUUUAUUAUGUUUUACUCUUCGGAUGAGGAAGGGUCUUUGUCUUUUGACUGUGUUGCAGUAUGUUAGGAGAAACAAGGGGUUAAAUUGAAGAUUUCUGUCUUCUGGGUUGUUGCACCUUGUAGUCUGGUCGAUGUUAACCAACGUUUCAGAGGUCAUACUGCCUCCAUCAUCAGGGCGAUGAAUAGCCCUUGGUUAACAUCGACCAGACUACACAGCGCAACAACCCAGAAGACAGAAAUCUUCAUACUCACCGCUGUGAAAACCUCAAAUCUUACAAGGGGUUAAAUUCACAGGUGACACAAAUAUAAAAGUGAGGCUACUAUUAAAAUUAGAAGUACAGGCCCUGUUGUUCCUAAGGUGAAGAUUUCUCACUGGAUGUCUUUUUUGUGUCGGUGGUGUAAUUCCAUGAAGUUACUUGAUAGGAAUAGUUGUCUUCUCAAAGAAUUUGUUUUAGUUGGUCGUAGCUGACGAAAGCUCCUGAUAAAGCGAACACAGUUCUCAUGUACAUAAAUGAUAAUUACAGCACAUAGUAAGUCAUUCUCCUCUCUUAUUCUUUUUGCAAUGAUUUACUUUCAAUCAUGAAUUUUUUUUCAGCAUUAUGUAAUGACAAAUUUAUUUCAUCACUUCAUUUAUAGGUAUCUGCAGUAUUAAAAGUACAUUGGCUACAGUUAUUGAAGUAGUAGCAGAUAGAAUCUUUUUAUGUUCUUCCAAAUGAAAAAGAGCAUUUAUAUGUAAGUGUGAAAUGUUAUGACUGUAAUUUGUUACUUGUAGGUAAGGACAUGUUUUAAGAAAAUUGUACAUGUUAGCUUCUAGUGAUCUUCUGGAAGCCCUUCAUUCGUCGAGUGCAAGUGUGAAUUCUAGCGCGAAUAUGAAAUGAAAUAACAGUGGCGUGGUUACAUUCUCUUUUCAGGGGAUAUUCUGUGCACUUUUUUAUGUUGAGGUUUUGCAGUAGCAUUUACGUGAUGUAUCCAUUCUGUCAGAUAGAUCAAUGAGACUUUUUUAUACAUUUUGUUUAAUCAUUGCUGUAGAUAAUUUAAAGUUGCAUAUUAUAUUUAUUUUCAUAUUGUUUAUUAUGAUUAUCUGCCAACAUUGUAGUUAUGCUGAUGAACUCAGUGUUGAUUGUUGUGGCACCGAUUGUAAGACCAUCAUGUAAUGUCAUUUGAUGUAAAUAAAUUAGUGUAAUUGUCAAA